AUGAGGCCUGGAACAGUGCCUAAAAUAGUUUACUUGCUAUCCGAUGGUCGUACACAUGACUAUCCGAAAGAUGUGGAAAUGUCCGAGCUGAUGCGAAGUCAAAUACCCAAUCUCGACAUUUGGGCCUAUGGUACAGGCGAGUAUGUUGCAAUGAAUGAACUGAUCAAUAUCACAAGGGAUCCAAGUAAAAUAGUCACCAAUCAAAAUUUGGACGAUUUGGAACCAAUGUUCGAUCAAUGGCGUGGCACAGAAGUGUGUGACAGACAACCG